AUGUCACUGCGCAGAGUAAGGUAAGUUAUGGGCAUGAGUUUGGUAUGACUUGGUUAUAGACUAAUAACACCUGUAUAAUGCUGCAAUGGCACAAGUAAGUAAGGAACUCCCCCAUGUUUAAUGGAUCUGAUUCCUUGUGAUAAAAUGUUAAUACGAAUGUUUCAUCCCUGUCCUGCAGCUCUUCUACAGUACAUGUAUUAUUGUUAUCUUAAUAUCUGAACAUCAAUGUUUUAUGCACUCUUAAAAAAAACAUAUUAUCCCACUUUAAAGUCAAAGUAUUUCAACAAAAUGAUUGCACAAUUUGCGCAAAAUAGCCUAGUUAAUUCGUUCACGUGCGCGAAGACGCGAUCGAUGCUCUUGUGACACGAGGUUGUUGAAAGUGGGGAGCAGUUUGCAUAACAAACAGUACAUAUUAUGCUAUUCCAAUAGUCCAUUUGAUUUCCAAAUUAGAAUGCCCAGUCCGAAUAGAUGUCCUUACUGAACAUGACAUCAGCCUUCUUGGUUUAUAAGUAUAGGCUUUGAAUCACCUUAUUACACAUCAGACUAAGUAACCAUUACAUUAGGUUUCCCCAUUAAGUAUCCAACUCCCCAAGGUUGUCUCGGAGACUGGGGUAACAGACAGGGAUCAGCCAUUAUUGAGGCAACCCUGGAGCAAUUAAGGUUAAGUUUCUUGCUCAAGGGCAGAGCGACAUAUUUUUCACCUAGUUGGCUCAGGGAUUCAAACUAGCAACCUUUCGGUUACUGGCCCAAUGCUCUAACCCCCUCAAAUUCGACUCUGGACCUAGAAGCCAGUUCCACUGCAUUUUUUCAUUGUUCCCUUCUAAACAGGGACUGAUUUAGACCUGGAACACCAGGUGAGUGCAGUGAAUUAUCAGAUAGAACAGAAAACCAGCAGGCUCCUGACCUCGUAGGGAAAGAGUUGAAUACCCCUGCGAGUCUGACCACUAGGCUACCUGGCGACCUCUAUGGGGGUGCCACAGGGUUCAAUUCUCGGGCCGACUUUAUUCUCUGUGUAUAUCAAUGAUGUCGCUCUUGCUGCUGGUGACGCUCGGAUCCAGCUCUAUGCGGACGACACCGUUUUGUAUACAUCUGGCCCUUCAUUGGACACUGUUAACAAACCUCCAAACGAGCUUCAACGCCAUACAACACUCCUUCCGUAGCCUCCAACUGCUCUUAAACACUACUAAAACUAAAUGCAUGCUCUUCAACCGAACGCUGCUUGCACCCGCCCACCAGACUAGAAUCACUACUCUCGGCGGGUCUGACCUAGAGUAUGUGGACAACUACAAAUACCUAGGUGUCUGGUUAAACUGUAAACUCUCCUUCCAGAUUCACAUUAAGCUUCUCCAAUCAAAAGUUAGAUCUAGAAUCGGCUUCCUAUUUCGCAACAAAGCCUCCUUCACUCAUGCUGCCAAACAUGCUCUCAUAAAACUGGCUCCAGGUCAUCUAUAAAUCACUGCUAGGCAAAUCCCAGUCUUAUCUUAACUCACUGGUCACCAUAGCAACACCCACCCGUAGUAUGCGUUCCAGCAGGUAUAUCUCACUGGUCAUCCCCAAAGCCAACACCUCCUUUGGCCGCCAUUCCUUCCAGUUCUCUGCUGCCAAUGACUGGAACGAACUGCAAAAAUCUCUGAAGCUGGAGACUCUUAUCUCCCUCACUAACUUUAAGCGUCAGUUGUCAGAGCAGCUUACCGAUCACUGCACCUGUACACAGCCAUUCUGAAAUUAGCCCACCCAACUACCUCAUCCCCAUAUUGUUAUUUAUUUUGCUAAUUUGCACCCCAGUAUCUCUAUUUGCAAUCAUCUUUUGCACAUCUAUCAUUCCAGUGUUAAUACGAAAUUUUAACUAUUUUGCACUAUGGCCUAUUUAUUGCCUUACCUCCAUAACUUACUACAUUCGCACACACUGUAUAUAUAUUUUCUGUUGUAUUUUUGACUUUAUGUUUUGUUUACCCCAUAUGUAACUCUGUGUUGUUGUUUUUAUCGCACUGCUGUGCUUUAUCUUGGCCAGGUCGCAGUUGUAAAUGAGAACUUGUUCUCAACUGGUUUACCUGGUUAAAUAAAGGUGAAAUAAAUAAAACAAUUUUUUUUUAAAAGUACGGCCUGAUGCCAGAUGACAUGUGGGAAGAGAUGGCAGCCAGUGGGGUAACAGUUAUAUCUGCCCUGCCUUGUUUGCACAGAUGCUGACUUCAGUAACCCCUCUCUCAUAGAACUGCAUUCCCCUGAGGAGAGUCUAAUCCCUGCUCCCCACAUGGUUCUGAGUGAAUGACUACUUCCCCCUGCUGUAGAAAAAAACAUGGGCACAAGACAAGACGCACACAACCACAUGAAGGUUGUCUAGCAGAUUUUAUUCUUUGUGCAUGAGAGGACGUGUGCUACAUUUAGAACAAUGAGCACAGGUGUCAUGCGUUCGCAUCAUGGUAUUUGUGUCCUCUCAAGAACAGUGGAGUGUAAAAUUGCUCAUAACAAUGAUAAUCCCUUAUUAUUACAAUGAUCAUCAAAUGUAUUGAGGGCAACAACUUAGACAACUUAUAACUCAGGAUUCAAGUGGGCUGUACAAUAGCCAAGGCCUUCUGUCAAAGGAUUUAAAAAAUGGAUGAGAGCUGCCCACCACUAAUAUGCAUGUCAAUCUCUCAUGGCUCAAAGUGGAGAGAUUGACUUCAUCACUACUUGUUUUUGUAAGAAGUGUUGGCAUGCUGAAUGCACAGAGGAGUCUGUUUAAACUACUAGCACACAGCAUACCCCACAAGACAUGCCCAAGGUUUUCUUCACGUCCUCCCCAAGUCAAAAAACAGACUAGGGGCGCACAGUACUACUAGAGCCUGGCUACAUGGAACUCUAUUCCACAUCAGGUAACUGAUGCAAGCAGUAGAAUCUGAUAUUUUUUUAAAUUGUGGUCCUCUGUAGCUCAGCUGGUAGAGCACGGCGCUUGUAACGCCAAGGGAAUGGUUCAGAUCCGCUGGGACCACCCAUACACAAAAAUGUAUGCACCACGACUGUAAGUCCGCUUGGGAUAAAAGGCUGCCUGCUAAUGGCAAUAUUAUUUAUUAGGAUUAUUAUUAUUUUUUUUAAAUAUAAAAAUACACCUUAUGGAACAGCGGGGACUGUGAAAAGACACACACACAGGCACAGACACACAUACACAUGGAUUUUGUAUUGUAGAUAUGUGGUAGUAGAGUAGUGGCCUGAGGGCACACACUUAAUGUGUUGUGAAAAGUGUUAUGAAAUGUAAUGUCAUGUAAUAUUUUUAAUUGUAUAUAACUGCCUUAAUGUUGCUGGACCCCAGGAAGAGUAUCUGCUGCCUUGGCAGCAGCUAAUGGGGAUCCUUAAUAAAUACAAAUAUAUACAAAUACAAAAGCACAGUAUAGGAUCACUAACAAACUUGUGAUUGAUUUUAGCAUGGCUAUGGUUCUCUCUGUUCUCUGUGAGACAUCUCAUGUGCCUGUCUUAUGUGCUGCCUGGAUGCCCUCUGUCCCCUGCCCGUCCCAUUGGACAUGUCCUGCCAAGCCUACAGUGUCAUGGCCCACUGGAGGCACUGAGAUGAUUGUGAGACAAAGCCAGCUCAGAGGAGGACACAGAGGGCGUGAUGGUGUGGGAACAGGCGUGUGCACCUGCCCCUUGUUUUGGUUGUAAACAAACCCAGGAAUAUCGCCGAGAGGUCCUUGAGAGGGCGGAGAGAGAGACGGACACAGAGACGUAGGGAGGAGAACCACAGAACGCCCCUCUGUCAGAGUAAUUAACUAACGAGACCUGGUGUGUCACUGGGACUUAAUGAGUUCAUGAGACUCGAUGUGUCAGUCUGUCUGUCUGGGGGACUCAGUGGCCCCAGGCCUCAGUGCAGCUGGGAGAGGGCUCUCAUUCUGAGCAGCAGGAAAUGAAGGAGAAAGUGACACAGACCACAACAGCAAACAAAAAGCAAUCUCCCUUUCCCUCUGAGCGAUGUAAUGUAGGAGAAAACUAACACAAAGAGAGCUGAAAUUGUAAUUACAAGCCCUAUUUGUCUGAACCCUUCAUUUAAGGAUGCUCCAUACAGAACAUGGCUGCCAGAGGACCACAUGGCCAAAGGGAAGUAUGUUUCACCCAUUCUCUGCACCAUCUGCCUUCCACCUGUUUUCACAGUCUGCAUUAACUGUAUGUCUCCUUGGCUGUGUUUACACAGGCAGCCCAAUUCUGAUCUUUUGACCAAUCAGAUCAGCUCUGAAAAAGAUCUGAUGUGAAUAGAUCUGAUGUGAUUGGUCAAAAGACCAAUUAGUGGGGGGGGGGGGAUCAUAAUUAGGCUGCCUGUGUAAACGCAGCCUAUGUGCCUGACUGCUAUGAUGUGAGUUUGUGCCUAAUGAGGAGCAAGCUGGGUCUUCCUGUUAGUUCCACACAGGAGAGAAAGGAUAUCCCCACUGGGCACACACUUGUUGAAUCAAUGUUGUUUCCAUGUCAUUUCAAGGAAUAGACAUUGAAUUGACGCCUGUGCCCAGUGGGUCUCCUUCAGCUGGCAUUUUCUCACAAGCAGCAUCUAUCACGUCCAUGGUCCUUCACUGUGUUUUAUGGUGGGAAAAAAAGUCAAGGUAAAGGUUUGAUACAAUUGUACAAUCAUGUGGAAUACUAGACACUGAUCUAUGUUUUUCCCUAAGAGCAAUCUAUCCGUUCCAUCAAUCUAUCCAGUGGGCCCUUUCAAACAUCUGGCUCCCAAAACAACAGCAUCUGGGGAGGAAAGCAAUGGCAACCAGCUAAUUCCAUUCAUGACUGAGGUUCCAGACAUGCGCUGAUAAUUAAGAGAUAACUGUUUACAGAUAAAUCAUCUUAACUGUUACACAGAUUAGCUGAUUCUCUCUCUCUUACAUCGCCUUUUUUAUCCACCACUCUUUCUCUCUACCUCACUCUUCUCUCAUUAGGAUCAAUCAGUAGUAGCCACUGAGGUUAACCAAAAGGUUCUGAGUGUGCUCGGUCGGACACAUUAUGGCUACGUUUACACAGCCAAUUAUUGGCAAAAGAUCUGAUCUGAUUGGUCAAAAGACCAAUUAGUGGCAAAAGAUCAGAAAUGGGCUGCCUGUGUACACGCAGCAAGCCCUAGAUGGAAUGUGGAUGUGUACCCCCAAAAGCAGCAAGUGCUCAGUAAGCUUGUGUCCAGCUAAUUAACGUCCCAGUGCUAAUGCCCGUUUCUGUUCAGGUUAGGGACUGCAAUCUCAUGGUUCAUCUCCAGGCUGAAGGCUUAAGUUUCCUUUUGCAGUCCAGGUUCAGAUUUACAGUGGCAGUAAGACUGUUUAUCAUAAGCAAUACUAAUUAGAUUAGGAAUCAGGUGGACUUUCUGGACAAGAAUUUAGACUCCAGAUUUGUCUGUAAUGUUUAGACUGGAGAGCAAGGUGAGACAUCAGGGAAUUUAAAUGAAUAGUUCAGGUAUCUUCAUAGGUCAAAAGUUAUCUUAAAGUCAAGCUGAGUCAAUAUUCCAGUAUCUGUUGUGUAAACCCAGAUUUAUGGAUUAGGGCCAUCGAAUUCCAAUUUAUUAGAUGAUGAUUCUGAGAUGAGCUUUCUCUUUAAAAAUGUUCUACCCUGAAAUAUUAUUGCUUUGAUUUAUUCAUCAGAAAAUCCCUUUCCAAGCGUGAAUACUGUGUGGAUUCAUUCCCAUCACUGUAAUAGUCAUACUAAGUAGUUUUUAUCUACCAGUUUACCUCAGAAACAGCUUACUGAGUUGAUUGUCUUUGAAGUGGACAACACCUGGAACAGGGUCUGUUCUUGAUCUAUUUAUAUUAAUAAACGUUUCUGGAAAGUAUCCUACAUUAAUUAUCUCGUUUGUGAAAGCUACAGUGCCAUUGUUAAGUCCACAUGCCAUAGGCCUAGUAACAGCAUGCAGAUGGCCUGAACAAUUAUACAAAACCUACGGUCUGAAACGGACAUCCUUGUUUAUAUGGACCAAGGUUAGUGUUUCAGUAACACUUAAGGCCAUCAUAGAAUAACAUUGGUUUUCUGUGUUUAAAGAUAAUCAUAACAAGCACCUGGAAUAUGCCAGCCAUUGUGUGCAAGGAAUCUUGUUUUUAGCAGUUGUGGACACAAUUGGGAUUUCACUUAGUCACUGUAAGAGUGGGUGCUGCCUUCAGUGAGUGAGUGAUCUAAUCAUGUACUGUGGUCUGUGGAGUGUGUGAAUGUGAAACUGUGCAGUUGGGUCCCUUCCACCUAUUGUGCAGACCAAAGUUUGUGUUUGGGUCCUAUUCUUUUGACCUGAAACCUGACCGCUCUCAGAGGUCAAAGCCUACGGCUCCAAACUCAAAGCAUGCGUUAAGCUCUUAACAGUCUUAAUUACGAACGCUCUGAGGUCUGUUGUCUGCUCUCAUACUGGAAGUUCACUUGGCAUGGGAUGCUAAAUGAACAGAGCGAGGACAAUAACGGUUCUCAUAGCCAAUAUCAUUUAGCUUUCUUUAUAAUUAGGACAGCUGACGUCCAACUUGCUCCAGUCUGUGUACAGUAAAGAUGGUUGAUAGGGACGAGGCUGCAAAUGAAUGGUGUGUUCUAACUCUUCCCUGUUUAUCAAUACACAAAUGCACACUAUCACAAAUACAGGUGACGAGGAGGCAACCAAACCCGAUCAAGCUGGCAAGAAUUCCACUAGGUUUGCCAUACUUAGUUGGUACUAAAAGCAUCUUAAGCUGAUGUUGCUAAGGAGCAGGCUGGGUUCGCCUGGUUCUGUGGUGGAACAAUAAGGCGCAGCAGGGCUGUGGGCACAACCCCUCCAAGGGAACUUUAAUCUGCUAAUCCACUCUGUUUUCAUGUGGUUGUAGCAUUUGUCAACCCACUGCCUUUUUCACUUGACAUGGGUCAGGAAUGGCCGGCCACUAUGCACACAGGGGUCCUGCCCCAUAAUCAAAGACCCCUCUUAGUGUAAGUCUACAGUAAUAGAGGGUACUGCCCCCCACUCCUGUCACUCAGGCUGCAUUCCUCAACUAAUGAGCCCACCCACCCCCUCCCUCCUCUCCCUCCCCUCACCAGCCUGCAGGGUCUGGCCUCCAUAAACAUCUUCACCUCCAGAGACCACUCAGUCACUGGAUAUUUGUGCACAGUUGUGUUGAUGCUCUAAACUUGGGUUUACUCUUUACUGACAUUGGCAAGAAGACUUUCUCUCCAUAUAUAUUUGCCCAGAUCUACAGUGUACGUGCCCAGUGUGGAUUUGGUGAAGGACAGGACUGACGAUUCUCCCAGAAAUACCUUGAUUGAGUGCACAGUUGAGAUGUUUAUCCUGUCUUGAUACAAUGUGGCAGAGUAAGGGCUCAGAUAGAUGGACAGACAGAGACACAUUUCAUUUCAAAGAGAUAGGACAGAGACAGACAGAGAUAAUUAUUUAAUGAAGAAUCUCAUGCUGCAUUCUUGUGCUGCUGUAAGGGAGAUUGGGGUAAAUUGAGCCAAAGGGGUACGAUGAGUCACCCUUUUUUCUAGGAAACCAUACACUAAAUUAAUAAUUUGACCAAAUAUUUAGGAAGAGGUCAUCAUUUCAUGGAGUCUGUGAAGGAAGAAAGCACAUGGAAAAAGUGGUAAGCAAGUUAGGUCCAAAAUACAGAUUUUCACCAAGUCAAAUGAAUUUAUUGUGUUAGAUGUUUCAUGAUGCUUGUAUCUUAACCAAAGUGGAUACUUUUAAGAUUGUUCUAUACAUCAUUUGGGUUUCUCUAUAAGCUUCAAUAUGAGGUCCUAAACCUAGCAUGAAAGUGCAUCCUUGUAGCUGUGUGGGCUAAUAUAAUCAAAAUGUUUUCCUUGGGGUAAAUUGAGCCAAUGGUUGCGCCAAUGGGAAGUUGAGCAAAUUGAAGUGUUUUCUUCUCAGGCUUAAUGCAAGGCAUUAUCCCUGGGAUAUGAGGCAACAACAUGACCUUGCCUAUGUUAAAAGUGUUUAAAAAAAAGUACAAAGUGUGUUUAGUUGUUAAAAUAUGCUUAAAAUUAUUAAAAUACAAAAAAGUGUUUACGCUUGUGUUGAAUUGUGUUUGGGAAAUAAAGAUAGACAUGGUUUUAAAAAGCUAUUGGUAAUACUUCAUUCAGUACAGAAAUUUGUAGGCGGCUUAUUUGAUCCUGUACAGUGGCUCAAUUUACCCCAUACCCGGGGUAAGUUGUGCCAAGAGACCACUUUAUUUGGACAAGCUAUGUUUUCAAAACUGUCAUGUUUUCAUGAAUUCAGAUUAUUGUUAGGGAUACACACCAUGCUGAAAUAUAUUUGAAGUUUUGGAAUGGCCUAGUCGAAGUCCAGACCUAAUCCCAAUUGAGAUAUUGUGGCAGGACUUGAAACGAGCAGUUCAUGCUUGAAAACCCACAAAUGUUGCUGAGUUAAAGCAGUUCUGCAUGCAAGUGUGGGCCAAGUGAGAGAUUGAUUAACAACUACAGGAAGCAUUUAGUUGCAGUCAUUGCAGCUAAAGGUGGCACAACCAGUUAUUGAGUGCAAGGGGGCAAUUACUUUUUCACACAGGGGAAUUGAGUGUUGCAUAACUUUGUUAAUUAAAUAAGUAUAAAUUGUUUUGUUAUUUGUAAACGCAGGUUCCCUUUAUCUAAUAUUAGGUUUUGGUUGAAGAUCUGAUAACAUGAGUUGUAAAAAAAUAUGCAAAAGUAGAGAAAAUCAGAAAGGGGGCAAAUACUUUUUUCACGGCACUGUAUGUAGAUAUCUUUGUCAGAAAUAAUGCUAUAUUUCCCUUGACGGAGUGAUGUUGAAUGUAAAAAAUGGUUGAACUUACCCCACUCUCCCCUAAGUGGUACCACAUGUGGGCCUGCCUCAGGGUUUAUAGAGAUCCCUAAAUCUCAUUGGAGGAAGAUGACAGGUUAACCCUGGACAGAGGGUCUGAGAGGGAGCUGGGCCCCAGAAGGUACUGGAAGACGAGCUUAGCAUCAGUAGAGUUUAGCGACCCCCUGGCCCUCUACAUCAAAUCAAAUCAAAGUUUAUUUGUCACAGUGAAAUGCUUACUUAUAGGCCCUUCACAACAAUGCAGAGAGAAAAAAAAGUUAAAUAAUAGAAAAAUAAUAACUUGAGAAAUAAAUACACAAUGAGUAAUGAUAACUUGGCUGUCCAAAACACCUGCUCUUUCCAUGACAUAGAAUGAGCAGGUGAAUCCAGGUGAAAGCUAUGAUCCCUUAUUGAUGUCACCUGUUAUGUCCACUGCAAUCAGUGUAGAUGAAGGGGAGGAGACAGAUUAAAGAAGGAUUUGAGACAAUUGAGACAUGGAUUGUGUAUGUGUGCCAUUCAGAGGGUGAAUGGGCAAAACAAAAUAUUUAAGUGUCUUUGAACGGGGUAUGGUAGUAGGUGCCAGGUGCACCGGUUUGAGUGUGUCAAGAACUGAAACUCUGCUCGGUUUUUCAUGCUCAACAGUUUCCUGUGUGUGUCAAGAAUGGUCCACCACCCAAAGACAUCCAGCCAACUUGACACAACUAUGGGAAGCAUUGGAGACAAUAUGGGCCAGGAUCCCUGUGGAACGCUUUUGACACAUUGUAGAGUCCAUGCCCCGUCUAAUUGAGGUGUUGAUGGCAAACACGACUGUGUUGGUGUGUGUGGACCAUGAUAAUUCCUUAGUGAUGUGGACAACGAGGAACUUGAAGCUCUCUAUCUGCUCCACUACAGCCCCAUUACUGUUGAAGGGGGCGCUCUCGACCUUCCAUUUCCUGUAGUCCACGAUCAGCUCCUUUGUCUUGCUGACGUUGAGGGAGAGGUUGUUGUCCUGGCACCACACUGCCAGGUCCCUGACCUCCUCCCUGUAGACGUCUCAUCGUCGUCAGUGAUCAGGCCUACCACCAUCGUGUCGUCGGCAAGCUUAAUGAUGGUGUUGGAGUUCUGCGCGGCCAUUCAGUCGUGGGUGAACAAAGACUACAGGAGGGGACUAAGCACGCACCCCUGAGGGGCCCCCGUGUUGUGGGUCAGCGUGGCGGAUGUGUUGUUGCCUACCCUCACCACCUGGAAGCUGCCUAUCAGGAAGUCCAGGAUCCAGUUGCAGAGAGAAGUGUUUACUCCCAAUGUCUUUAGCUUAGUGAUGAGCUUGGCAGGCACUAUGGUGUUGAAUGCUGAGCUGUAGUCAAUGCACACUAUUCUCAUGUAGGUGUUGCUUUUGUCCAGGUGGGAAAGGGCAGUGUGGAGUGCAAUAGAGAUUGCGUCAUCUGUGGAUUCUUUGGGGCGGUAUGCGAAUUGGAGUGGGUCCAGGGUGUCUGGGAUAAUGGUGUUGAUGUGAGCCAUGACCAGCCUUUCAAAGCUUUUCAUGGCUACAGAUGUGAGUGCUGCAGGGGGCUAAUCAUUUACACAGGUUAUCUUGGCAUUCUUGGGCACAGCGACUAUGGUGGUCUGCUUGAAUAAUGUAGGUAUUACAGACUGGGUCAGGGAGAGGUUGAAAAUGUCAGUGAAGACACUUGCCAGCUGGUCAGCGCAUGCUCUGAGUACGCGUCCUGGUUAUCCGUCUGGCCCUGCGGCCUUGUGAAUGUUAACCUGUUUAAGGUCUUACUCACAUCGGCUAUGGAGAUCGUGAACAGCUGGUGCACUCAUGCAUGAUUCAGUGUUGCUAGCCUCGAGGCGAGCAUAGAAGGUAUUUAGCUUGUCUGGUAGGCUUGCAUCACUGGACAGCUCGCGGCUGGGUUUCCCUUUGUAAUCCCUAAUAGUUUGCAAGCCCUGCCACAUCCGACAAGCGUCAGAGCCAGUGUAGUAGGAUUCAGUCUUGGUCCUGUAUUGACGCUUUGCCUGUUUGAAGGUUUCUUCGGAGGACAUAGCGUGAUUUCUUAUAAGCGUCCGGAUUAGUGUCCCGCUCCUUGAAAGUCGGCAGCUCUAGCCUUUAGCUAAGUGCGGAUGUUUUCUGUAAUCCAUGGCUUCUGGCUGGGGUAUGUACCCACGGUCACUGUGGGGACGACGUUAUCGAUGCACUUAUUAAUGACGAUGGUGACUGAUGUGGUAAACUCCUCAAUGCCAUCGGAUGAAUCCUGGAACAUAUUCCAGUCUGUGCUAGCGAAACAGUCCUGUAACUCUUCAUCGGACCACUUCCGUAUUGAGCGCAUCACUGGUACUUCCUGUUUAAGUUUUUGCUUGUAAGCAGGAAUCAGGAGGAUAGAGUUAUGGUCAGAUUUGCCAAAUGGAGGUCGAGGGAGAGCUUUGUAUGCGUCUAUGUGUGUGAAGUAAAGUUGAUCUAGAGUUUUCUCGCCUCUAGUUGCACAGGUGACAUGCUGGUAGAAAUGAGGUAAGGCCGAUUUCAGUUUUCCUGCAUUAAAGUCACCGGCCACCACGACCGGGAGACCGAUGAGGCGGUGCACAAUUGGCCCAGCGUCAUCCGGUGACACAUUGGUGCGGUUGGCUUCCGGGUUAAGCGAGCAGUGUGUCAAGAAGCAGUGUGGCUUGGCAGGGUCGUGUUUCGGAGGACGCAUGGUUCUCGACCUUCGCCUCUCCCGAGUCCGUACGGGAGAUGCAGCGAUGGGACCAGACUGUAACUACUAAUUGGAUAUCACGAAAUUGGGGAGAAAAAGGGUAAAAAGUACAAACAAUUAAAAUAAAUAAAUACCGGCCACUAGGAGCGCCGCCUCUGGGUGAGCAUUUUCUUGUUUACUUAUGACACUAUACAGCUCAUUGAGUGUGGUCUUAGUGCUAGUGGUAAAUAGACAGCUACGAAAAAUAUAGACGAAAACUCUCUUGGUAAAUAGUAUGGUCUACAGCUUAUCAUGAGGUAUUCUAACUCAGGCGAGCAGAACCUUGAGACUUCCUUAAUAUUAGAGAUUGCGCACCAGCUGUUUUUAUCAAAGAGACACACACCCCCUCCCCUGAGCCUCCCUGACACCACCAUUCUGUCCUGCUGAUGUAUAGAAAAACCAGCUAGAUUUAUAUUUACCAUGUCCUUGUUCAACCACGACUCUGAGAAACAUAGGAUAUUACAGUUCUUUAGAUCACGUUGAUAGGAUUGUCUCGAACGGAGCUCAUGCAGUUUAUUCUCUAGUGAUUGCACGUUCGCCAAUAGAACGGAGGGUACAGGCGGUUUAUCCACUCUCCGAUGUAGACUCAUCAGGUGUCCCGCAUGCCGGCCUCUAUAACGCAAUCUCCUCCUUCUUCAAGUGUCAGGGAUUUGGGCCUUGUCCGGGAUAAUCAAUAUGUCUUUCGCCUCGUCCAAAUCGAGGUUAGUGAUAGCUGUUCUGAUGUCCAGAAGCUCUUUUCGACCAUAGGAAACGAUGGCGGAAACAUUAUGUAAAAAAAUAAAUUACGAUCAUCACAAGAAAAUACACAAAAUAGCACAAUUGGUCAGGAGCCCGCAAAACGGCCGCUAUUCCCUCCAGUGGCAUUCAUGAGGCGCUAGGGGAGAUAACCAGACAUGGGGAGAUGACCAGACAUGGGUAGAUGACCAGACAUGGGGAGAUGACCAGACAUGGGGAGAUGACCAGACAUGGGGAGAUGACCAGACAUGGGGAGAUGACCAGGCAUGGGGAGAUGACCAGGCAUGGGGAGAUAACCAGACAACAGGCAGAGAGACAGACAACAGGCAGAGAGACAGACACUUGAGAACUACUGUGACACCUUAAGCUCUCUGUGGAAUGAAGGUUUGGCACUCAUUGACCUCUUACCAACAACAACAGAACGUUAAAUAAGAUAUGCAAUAAAUCUAUGGUAUAUCAAAUGUCUGACUGGGCCUAGUAUGAAACCUAUAAACACAUCACUUUGAUGAUUGUCUAUAAUAACAAAUGUAUUGUUUAUGCAAUGUUUGGCUUUUGUUAUGUACUGUAUCUGGAGUGAUUAUGAGAAUAAUGUCAGUGAGUGGGGACUGCUAGUGUCCAACACAGCUGGUGAUAAGAGUAUUAAUUGCAUUACAUUGGUCUCAAUUGCUUUCAUGUGCUUCAAAGGAGAGGAAGCAUGUGGUAAAUGUCCCAGGAUCACUUUCAUUUCCCUGCUUUUGUUUCUCUCCUAAGAAAAUUGAUUUAUUAUUCAUAGUAUGUCCACCAGGGAGGGAGUCAUUCAGAACAUUGGAACAACUCUCCUUAGACUGCUGUGAGAAGAAAAACCAAGCUCAGCAUAUAUACAGUGCCAUGCAAAAUUAUUCAUCCCACUUGGCGUUUUUCCUAUUUUGUUGCAUUACAACCUGUAAUUUUUAUUUGGAUUUCAUGUAAUGGACAUACACAAAAUAGUCCAAAUUGGUGAAGUGAAAUGAAAAAAAUAACUUGUUUAAAAAGAUUAUACAAAAUAAAUAACGGAAAAGUGGUGCGUGCAUACAGUGGGGAGAACAAGUAUUUGAUACACUGCCGAUUUUGCAGGUUUUCCUACUUACAAAGCAUGUAGAGGUCUGUAAUUUUUAUCAUAGGUACACUUCAACUGUGAGAGACUGAAUCUAAAACAAAAAUCCAGAAAAUCACAUUGUAUGAUUUUUAAGUAAUUAAUUUGCAUUUUAUUGCAUGACAUAAGUAUUUGAUCACCUACCAACCAGUAAGAAUUCCGGCUCUCACAGACCUGUUAGUUUUUCUUUAAGAAGCCCUCCUGUUCUCCACUCAUUACCUGUAUUAACUGCACCUGUUUGAACUCGUUACCUGUAUAAAAGACACCUGUCCACACACUCAAUCAAACAGACUCCAACCUCUCCACAAUGGCCAAGACCAGAGAGCUGUGUAAGGACAUCAGGGAUAAAAUUGUAGACCUGCACAAGGCUGGGAUGGGCUACAGGACAAUAGGCAAGCAGCUUGGUGAGAAGGCAACAACUGUUGGCGCAGUUAUUAGAAAAUGGAAGAAGAUCAAGAUGACGGUCAAUCACCCUCGGUCUGGGGCUCCAUGCAAGAUCUCACCUUGUGGGGCAUCAAUGAUCAUGAGGAAGGUGAGGGAUCAGCCCAGAACUACAUGGCAGGACCUGGUCAAUGACCUGAAGAGAGCUGGGACCACAGUCUCAAAGAAAACCAUUAGUAACACACUACGCCGUCAUGGAUUAAAAUCCUGCAGCGCACGCAAGGGCCCCCUGCUCAAGCCAGCGCAUGUCCAGGCCCGUCUGAAGUUUGCCAAUGACCAUCUGGAUGAUUCAGAGGAGGAAUGGGAGAAGGUCAUGUGGUCUGAUGAGACAAAAAUAGAGCUUUUUGGUCUAAACUCCACUCGCCGUGUUUGGAGGAAGAAGAAGAAUGAGUACAACCCCAAGAACACCAUCCCAACCGUGAAGCAUGGUGGUGGAAACAUCAUUCUUUGGGGAUGCUUUUCUGCAAAGGGGACAGGACGACUGCACCGUAUUGAGGGGAGGAUGGAUGGGGCUAUGUAUCGCGAGAUCUUGGCCAACAACCUUCCCUCAGUAAGAGCAUUGAAGAUGGGUCAUGGCUGGGUCUUCCAGCAUGACAACGACCCGAAACACACAGCCAGGCUAACUAAGGAGUGGCUCUGUAAGAAGCAUCUCAAGGUCCUGGAGUGGCCUAGCCAGUCUCCAGACCUGAACCCAAUAGAACAUCUUUGGAGGGAGCUGAAAGUCCGUAUUGCCCAGCGACAGCCCCGAAACCUGAAGGAUCUGGAGAAGGUCUGUAUGGAGGAGUGGGCCAAAAUCCCUGCUGCAGUGUGUGCAAACCUGGUCAAGACCUACAGGAAACGUAUGAUCUCUGUAAUUGCAAAUGAAGGUUUCUGUACCAAAUAUUAAGUUCUGCUUUUCUGAUGUAUCAAAUACUUAUGUCAUGCAAUAAAAUGCAAAUUAAUUACUUAAAAAUCAUACAAUGUGAUUUUCUGGAUUUUUCUUUUAGAUUCCAUCUCUCACAGUUGAAGUGUACCUAUGAUAAAAAUUACAGACCUCUGCAUGCUUUGUAAGUAGGAAAACCUGCAAAAUCGGCAGUGUAUCAAAUACUUGUUCUCCCCACUGUAUGUAUUCACCCCCUUUGCUAUGAAGCCCCUAAAUAAGAUCUGGUGCAACCAAUUACCUUCAGAAGUCACAUAAUUAGUUAAAUAAAGUCCACCUGUGUGCAAUCUAAGUGUCGCAUGAUCUGUCACAUGAUCUAAUUAUUUAUUUCAGCUUUUAUUUCUUUCAUCACAUUCACAGUGGGUCAGAAGUUUACAUACACUCAAUUAGUAUUUGGUAGCAUUGCCUUUAAAUUGUUUAACUUGGGUCAAACGUUUUGGGUAGCCUUCCACAAGCUUCCCACAAUAAGUUGGGUGAAUUUUGGCCCAUUCCUCCUGACAGAGCUGGUGUAACUGAGUCAGGUUUGUAGGCCUCCAGUUCUGCCCACAAACUUUCUAUAGGAUUGAGGUCAGGGCUUUGUGAAGGCCACUCCAAUAUCUUGACUUUGUUGUCCUUAAGCCAUUUUGCCACAACUUUGGAAGUAUGCUUGACCCAUUUGCGACCAAGCUUUAACUUCCUGACUGAUGUCUUGAGAUGUUGCUUCAAUAUAUCCACAUAAUUUUCCUUCCUCAUGAUGCCAUCUAUUUUGUGAAGUGCACCAGUCCCUCCUGCAGCAAAGCACCCCCACAGCAUGAUGCUGCCACCCCCGUGCUUCACGGUUGGGAUGGUGUUCUUCGGCUUGCAAGUACCCCCUUUUUCCUCCAAACAUAACGAUGGUCAUUAUGGCCAAACAGUUCUAUUUUGGUUUCAUCAGACCAGAGGACAUUUCUCCAAAAAGUACGAUCUUUGUCCCCAUGUGCAGUUGUAAACCGUAGUCUGGCUUUUUUAUGGCGGUUUUGGAGCAGUGGCUUCUUCCUUGCUGAGCGGCCUUUCAGGUUAUGUCGAUAUAGGACUCAUUUUACUGUGGAUAUAGAUACUUUUGUACAUGUUUCCUCCAGUAUCUUCACAAGGUCCUUUGCUGUUGUUCUGGGAUUGAUUUGCACUUUUUGCACCAAAGUACGUUCAUCUCUAGGAGACAGAACGCGUAUCCUUACAUCCACAGGUACUGUACACCUCCAAUUGACUCAAAUGAUGUCAAUUAGCCUAUCAGAAGCUUCUAAAGUCAUGACAUCAUUUUCUGGAAUUUUCCAAGCUGUUUAAAGGCACAGUUAACUUAGUGUAUGUAAACUUCUGACCCACUGGAAUUGUGAGACAGUGAAUUAUAAGUGAAAUAAUCUGUCUGUAAACAAUUGUUGGAAAAAUUGUGUCAUGCACAAAGUAGAUGUCCUAACCGACUUGCCAAAACUAUAGUUUGUUAACAAGACAUUUGUGCAGUGGUUGAAAAAUGAGUUUUAAUGACUCCAACCUAAAUGUAUGUAAACUUCUGACUUCAACUGUACACCUGUUCUGAAAGGCCCCAGAGUCUGCAACACCACUCAGCAAGGGGCACCACCAAGCAAGUGGCACCAUGAAGACCAAGGUACAGAUCAGGGUUGGGUUAUAAAAAAUUAUCAGAAACUUUUAACAUCCCACGGAGCACCAUUAAAUCCAUUAUAAAAAAAAUGGAAAGAAUAUGUCACCACAACAAACCUACCAAGAGAGGGCCGCCCACCAAAACUCACGGACCAGGCAAGGAGGGCAUUAAUCAGAGAGGCAACAACGAGACCAAAGAUAUCCCUGAAGGAGCUGCAAAGCUCCACAGCGGAGAUUGGAGUAUCUGUCCAUAGGACCACUUUAAGCCGUACACAGAGCUGGGCUUUACGGAAGAGUGGCCAGAAAAAAUCCAUUGCAUAAAGAAAAAAAUAAGCAAACACGUUUGGUGUUCGCCAAAAGCCAUGUGGGAGACUCCCCAAACAUAUGGAAGAAGGUACUCUGGUCAGAUGAGACUAAAAUUGAGCUUUUUGGCACUAUGUCUGGCGCAAACCCAACACCUCUCAUCACCCCGAGAACACCAUCCCCACAGUGAAGCAUGGUGGUGGCAGCAUCAUGCUGUGGGGAUGUUUUUCAUCGGCAGGGACUGGGAAACUGGUCAGAAUUGAAGGUUUGAUGGAUGGCGCUAAAUACAGGGAAAUUCUUGAGGGAAACCUGUUUCAGUCUUCCAGAGAUUUGAGACUGGGACGGAGGUUCACCUUCCAGCCGGACAAUGACCCUAAGCAUACUGCUAAAGCAACACUCAAGUGGUUUAAGGGGAAACAUUGAAAUGUCUUGGAAUGGCCUAGUCAAAGCCCAGACCUCAAUCCAAUUGAGAAUCUGUGGUAUGACUUAAAGAUUGCUGUACACCAGGGGAACCCAUCCAACUUGAAGGAGCUGGAGCAGUUUUGCCUUGAAGAAUGGGUAAAAACCCCAGAGGCUAGAUGUGCCAAGCUUAUAGAGACAUACCCCAAGAGACUUGUAGCUGAAAUUGCUGCAAAAGGUGGCUCUAUAAAGUAUUGACAUUGGGGGGGGGGGGUGGGGGUGAAUAGUUAUGCACGCUUCUGCAUGUUCUGUUUUUUUGUCUUAUUUCUUUUUUGUUUCACACAGAAAAAUUUACAUGUUGUGUAAAUCAAAUGAUACAAACCCUCCAAAAAUCUAUUUUAAUUCCAGGUUGUAAGGCAACAAAAUAGGAAAAAUGCCAAGGGGGGUGAAUACUUUCGCAAGCCACUGUAUUUAUGAAUCAUAAUGUUCAUGGAUAUAAAGUUAAAUCCUGACCAUAUACUGUAUCACUAUGGGUCAGAUAGAGUUGCUUUCUCAGAAUGUCUCUGUUUGAAUGUGAAAGCUGCUCAGCCUCCUGACUGGCCCUCUCACAUUCAACCCCACGUUGUGACAUCAUUCCAGACUGUGAUUGCCUCCUGUAGCUGAGGGACAGGAACCAUGUCCAGUUCAUGCAUGUCAGGAAUACUUUAGUCAACCACUCCUACACCUCUCCAUUUAAAACCAGUGUAAUCAGUUCAUUUCACCCCUUCUCUUCAACUCUAUCUCUCUUGUCAGAUCUUUGGGGAGACGGAGCCGGUGCGGAUGACGUCGGAGGGCUCAGACUGUCGAUGUAAGUGCAUCAUGAGGCCACUGAGCAAGGAUGCGUGCCAGCAUCUGAGGAGCGGCAGAGCACGCGUGGAGGACUUCUACACGGUGGAGACUGUCAGCUCUGGAUCGGACUGCAAGUGUUCCUGCACAGCCCCUCCCUCCUCCCUCAACCCGUGCGAGAACGAGUGGAAGAUGGAGAAGCUGAAGAAACAGGCCCCAGAGCUGCUCAAGGUGAAUGGAGGUGCAGCAGUAACAGACACUAACUGUAACUUGGUGGCACAAUAACCUUUUAACUGUAAAUGUUGGUAGUAAGAUCUGGUAAUUGACUGUGUAAAGACAGUGACAGAGACCCUGAUUACAUGUGUAUGGUUUGGUCCUAACCAUGGGAGAAGCAGAAACAGGAUAUCCCUAUAAUUGUUCAAAUGAAAGCUUCAAAGUAUCCCAGGUUGUUACACAGACAGUUCACUAUGACCUCACUGGAUUGUCUAUCUGAUAUCCAUCUGUUAAUAACAUCUCAGCACCUCUGAGGAUGUACAUAUCUGAAGCACACAUUCAUUUUUCACUGGCAGUGAGAGGAGAGGAGGCACGCUAUGCACCAUAUGAACAGAACAACGAGAACCAGAUGUAUGAUAUGACUGGGUUUAACCUUAAAUUAUAAAGUAUGCAUUUUUUUAAGGUCCUUACUGCUGAAUAGUGUCUGUUCCAGGUGCAUCGGAGUCAAAAUAAGAAUACUGGAAGAGAUGGAGACCCGCACACUGUCUAAAAAAAAAGAUACAUCCAAAACUGAGGCUUGAAUGCAAAAUAAAGAUGUUUAUUAGAACAUCAUUGUGCCCAACAAAUUAUAAAGGAAAGGUGAAAACAAAACACAAAUGUUUCGGCCCCAGGCCAUCCUCAGUGGAUUUAGACUUAGCCAUAGAUUAAGCCUGGUUGUUGUUUCGUGUUAAUACUCUCCUCUGUCCUGUGUGUGUGGGUGUACAGCUCCAUUCCAUGGUGGACCUACUGGAGGGCACGCUGUACAGUCUGGACCUCAUGAAGGUCCACUCCUACAUCAAUAAGGUGGUCUCCCAGAUGAACACACUAGAGGAGGUAAGCACAGAAAACCAACGUUCUAGUAUAGUGGAACAAGUGCCACAAUAACAAGGACAUAAAACAAAAACCAGGGUACGCUAGGUUUGCAUGCCUUCCUAUAUACUGUAUUUGAGUGUAUUUGGGAUCUUUCCAAGGGUUCUAAGCUGUUAAAGCUGUCUACGGUCCUUUAUGGAGACAGAGAGCUGAUUAAAUGGUUUGUGAUUGGAUACUAGUAAUCCCCCCCCCCCCCCCCCCCCCCCCCCCAAACUGCAUGGUUACAGUAUCCACAGAGGUUUCUUUAACCCCACAGUUAUUCACUUCUCUAACAGGGAAAUAUGUACUAGAAUGGGGAGAGAGAUUUGUGUGACUGGUUCCGCCAGAGUACCAGUCACACAAAGUAACGUUUUUAUAAUCUAUUUACGAAAGGGUUCCUUUUUGGUUAGAGUUACUUGCACAUGGGUCGUACAAUGGACUGGUCUGAUUCUUAGAACACAUCUGAUUCUCCAGACAAUCAAGACCAACCUGACUCGGGACAAUGAGUUUGUAAGGGACAGCAUGAUCACUCUGACAAACCAGUUUAAGAGGUAUGAGAACUACUCCAACAUCAUGAUGAGCAUCAAGAAGGAGAUCUCCAGCCUGGGGCUGCAGCUACUGCAGAAAGACCAAACAGAGACCAAAGCUCAGGUAAGUGUGUCUCAAACACACACACACACACAUACCUACACACGUGCACACGCACACACGCAUAGGUCUACACAAAAGCUUGCUCACAAAUUACACAUCAAACACACACACAAAUCAACGUUCACAUGCCCACAGACGCAUCGUAAAUCACAGGCUUGAAUGUCAAUGUUUACAGGACAACAAUGAUGAGAAAACCAAGGAGGCCGUAAAAAAAACGAACAAAAAGCCCCCUGCAUCCAAGCCCCCUCCCAAGCCGCCCAAGGAAAAGGUUGUAAAACCCAAGAAAGAGAGCACCAAACCUGGGAAGCCCAUCAAGCCUGACCCCACAGCCAAGGCCAAGGUGGUAGGGCACCAGCCGGGGGUAGUAAGGGGCAUCACAUACUACAAAGCAGCCAAGGUGGAUGGGGACGAGCAUAGCGCAGGCAGUAAAGGUGAGAGAAAAGGGGCCGAUACAGGGGGAGAGUUUGACCACUCUCUCUCCCAGCCCAGUGUGUGCAUGUGUAUGGAGCCCCCUCACCCCUAAAGACAACAUUGGGAUGUGACUUCAGCUGAGUUAGCAGCACUCAGCUAGCCUGCAUGAGAUCAUCUAUAUGCUGUUCUAAUUUGCUCAGACCCUAUUGUGAUUGUUAUAAACUAAACCAAUUAAAAUAUAAGUUAUACUCUUGGAUUUGAUCUUCAUUACAUAAUGCGUUGCACUGUUAUUUCAGAAUCCCAACAGAGACAGAUAUUGUACAUCUCUAUUGUAUAUUAUUUUUCUGUAUAGAGCAAGCCAUUUAGAUUUGAAUGAAAGAUGAUGUUCUAACACAAAAUUGGUUCUGUGAAAGUUCCCAGGACGUUGGUUAGGUUGUGGCUAGCCUCUGCCGAGUCCCCAACGACCGGAUGUUCUGGUUUUCAGGGGAAAUGGAAAGAGAGCCUGUGACACGACUUCCGCUUUUGGACGUUAACAAGGCGACACGCCAUCUUAAAACCUUUUACUGCAGUGGGUUAAAUCAGGGUCACACAGAGUGUUUCUUGAUAGUCUUAAACAAAUCUACUUUGAAACAAAAGUAUACACCUCACACACAUGGUUAUGGGCUUAAAAAAAGAAGGCGCCUGUACCAUGUCAGAUAUACAGUUGAAAUGUAUUCAAUUUUGAGUUUGCAUCCCAAUAUUACACAUUCUAUACAUCACGGAAGACUGAAAUAUAACAAAACCGUUUGACAUAGAAACACCGGAUUUUGGCAGGUUUUUUUAAAUAAUGUUUAUUAAUGAUAAAAUGAUUAAAUACAGUUGAAGUCAGAAGUUUACAUACACCUUAGCCAAAUACAUUUAAACUCAGUUUUUCACAAUACCUGACAUUUAAUCCUAGUAAAAAUUAACUUGGGUCAAAUGUUUCGGGGAGCCUUCCACAAGCUUCCCACAAUAAGUUGGAUGAAUUUUGGCCCAUUCCUCCUGACAGAGCUGGUGUAACUGAGUCAGGUUUGUAGGCCUCCUUGCUCGCCCACACAUUUUCUAUAGGAUUGAGGUCAGGGCUUUGUGAAGGCCACUCCAAUACCUUGACUUUGUUGUCCUUAAGCCAUUUUGCCACAACUUUGGAAGUAUGCUUGGGAUCAUUGUCCAUUUGGAAGACCCAUUUGUGACCAAGCUUUAACUUCCUGACUGAUGUCUUGAGAUGUUGCUUCAAUAUAUCCAUAUAAUUUUCCUUCCUCAUGAUGCCAUCUAUUUUGUGAAGUGCACCAGUCCCUCCUGCAGCAAUGCACCCCCACAGCAUGAUGCUGCCACCCCCGUGCUUCACGGUUGGGAUGGUGUUCUUCGGCUUGCAAGCCCCCCCUUUUUCCUCCAAACAUAACGAUGGUCAUUAUGGCCAAACAGUUCUAUUUUUGUUUCAUCAGACCUGAGGACAUUUCUCCAAAAAGUACGAUCUUUGUCCCCAUGUGCAGUUGUAAACCGUAGUCUGGCUUUUUUAUGGCGGUUUUGGAGCAGUGGCUUCUUCCUUGCUGAGCAGCCUUUCAGGUUAUGUCGAUAUAGGACUCGUUUUACUGUGGAUAUAGAUACUUUUGUACCUGUUUCCUCCAGCAUCUUCACAAGGUCCUUUGCUGUUAUUCUGGGAUUGAUUUGCACUUUUCGCAACAAGGUACGUUCAUCUCUAGGAGACAGAACGCAUCUCCUUCCUGAGCGGUAUGAUGGCUGCGUGGUCCCAUGGUGUUUAUACUUGCGUACUAUUGUUUGUACAUAUGAAUGUGGUACUUUCAGGUGUUUGGAAAUUGCUCCCAAGGAUGAACCAGACUUGUGGAGGUCUACAAUUUUUUCCUGAGGUCUUGGCUGAUUUCUUUUGAUUUUCCCAUGAUGUCAAGCAAAGAGGCACUGAGUUUGAAGGUAGGCCUUGAAAUACAUCCACAGGUACACCUCCAAUUGACUCAAAUUAUGUCAAUUAGCCUAUCGGAAGCUUCUAAAGCCAUGACAUCAUUUUCUGGAAUUUUCCAAGAUGUUUAAAGGCACAGUCAACUUAGUGUAUGUAAACUUCUGACCCACUGGAAUUGUGAUACAGUGAAUUAUAAGUGAAAUAAUCUGUCUGUAAACAAUUGUUGGAAAAAUUACUUGUGUCAUGCACAAAGUAGAUUUCCUAACCGACUUGCCAAAACUAUAGUUUGUUAACAAGAAAUGUGUGGAGUGGUUGAAAAACUAGUUUUAAUGACUCCAACCUAAGUGUAUGUAAACUUCCGACUUCAACUGUAUAUUAAAAACAUUCCACCUAUGAGGCCACUAGGUCAUUUGACUGCAGGAAAGGGCUACCUCCACCUCCACAUUUACUUGAUUGGUUGAACAGUGCAGAAGAGAAUCUCCGCCGACAGUUGUUUUCUUCUUGUCAAGACCAAUAUGUAGGGGAUCUAGUUUCAGAUGUUUAUUUUAUGCCUGCUACGUUAGGUUAGAUUGCGGCAAAUGUUCUCAUAACACAAAAACUGUCCAGUCAUGCUGAUGAUUAUACAAUGUUUGUAUAAAACAUUCACCUAAUGUUGCAAGAAAGUUCAGAGAACACAUUUUGUCUGUUCUUUAAAGGUUCCCAUAAUGUUUCAUUAUAGGUUGUGGGAACAAUCUGGUGGGAACAUUGUGUAGACAUCACAAAAUAUAUGUUCCCAAAACACAAAAACUGUCCAGUUGUGCAGAUGAUUCUAUAAUGUUUAUUUUAGGGUGAAAAAAACAUUCACCAGAUGUCGCAAGAACGUUCCUAGAACACAUUGAUUCUGUUCUUUAAAGGUUCCAAUAAUGUUUCAUUAGGUUGUGGGAACAUUGUGGAGAUAUGACAAGAGAUAGGUUCCCAAAACACUAAAACUAUCCAGUUGUGUUGACAUUCAGAUAAUGUUUGUAUCAGGGUGACCAAAACAUUCCUUUGAUGUUGCAAGAAUGGGGAUCAGAACAGCCUUUCUGAGUUCUUUAAAGGUUCCCAUAACAUUUAAUUAGGGUGUGGAAACAGUGUGGAUACAUUACAAGAGAUAGGUUGCCAAAACACAAAAUAUGCUCAGUUGUGAUGACAUUCAUACAAUGUUUAAGUUAGGUUGCACAGGACAUUCCCUUAAUGUUGCAAGCAUAUUCUUGUGAUAUUCACGAAGGUUGCAUAGAACAUUCCCACAAUGUUGCACAAUGUUAAUAAUAAUAAUAAUAAUAUGCCAUUUAGCAGACGCUUUUAUCCAAAGCGACUUACAGUCAUGCGUGCAUACAUUUUUGUGUAUGGGUGGUCCCGGGGAUCGAACCCACUACCUUGGCGUUACAAGCGCCGUGCUCUACCAGUUGAGCUACAGAGGACCACACCACAAAUGUUCCACAAUUUCCAAAUAAGUUUGUUUUUAUGACAUUCAUAGCAUAUUUGUUUUAGGUUUAACAUAACAUUCCAUUGAUGUUCACACAAUAUACUGCCUUUAAAAAGCAACAAAUCCCUUUGAAAAUAGCCUAUGUGGCAUCGAUUAAAGUCUGAAACAGUUAUUCUAGUGUCAAAAUUGACCACCAAGUGUAAAAAGGAUCAUUUUGGUCAUAAAGUCUGAUGUGUAACAUCUGUGUGUCACAACGGGGUAAAUUAAUGUUGGGUUUUGAUUUGACAAUGUCAAUUUGCCCACUAACAUAGGGUGAACAGCUGCGGUGAUUGCUCUCUAUACAAUAGCAGAGACAGUGAGAUAGACCUGCCCAGCAGCUCCGACUUUGUUUACAUAAGACAACACGUCUUAUGUAAACACUGUUCAACCAAUCCAGUAAACCUCCAAGACAAGGUCAAAUGUAUAUUGCGUGAACAUCAAUGGAAUAUUAUGUUAAACCUAAAACAAAUAUGCUAUGAACGUCAUAAAAACAGACUUAUUUGGAAAUUGUGGAACACUGUACAACAUUGUGGGAAUGUUCUGUGCAACCUAUGUGAAUAUCACAAGAUUAUUCUUGCAACAACCCAAACAACUGCCAUAACUUAAUAAAAUGUUCUGGGAAUCUUUGAAGAACUUAGACCAGGUGUUCUGUCAACAUUCUUACAACAUUAUAGGAAUGUCUUGUGCAACCUAACGUAAACAUUGAAUGAAUUUCAUCACAAUUUGUGUUUUGGGAACCUAUCUCUUGUAAUGUACCCACACUAUUCCCACAACCUAAUUAAAUGUUCUGGGAACCUAUAAAGAACUCAGAAAGGCUGUUCUGUUAACAUUCUUGCAACAUCAAAGGAAUGUUUUGUGCAAUGUCCUGAUACAAACAUUAUCUGAAUGUCAGCAUAACUGGACCGUUUUAGUGUUUUUUGGAACCUAUCUCUUGUUAUAUGCCCACAAUGUUCUUACAACCUAAAGAAACAUUGGACAGUUUUUGUGUUAUGAGAACAUUUGCUGCGACCUAACGAAUGUUCUGGGAACUUUCACAGAACCAAUUGUGGUUUGCUGGGUAACUCUAGUUGAAUGGAUAGGUAUGCUAGGUUUGCUCAGGGCUCAGACGCACAUAUGCUGUUAGAUCAUGUGUUCUGCCGUGCCUAGCCGUUUAGCCAUACUUUGGUGAGUACAGCCACACUUGUCAACCCAGUGAAGCGAAUCAGCUUACUUUCCAUAAUCUCUCACAAAGAACAGAAGGGCCUUUUUUUCAAAGGUAAAUUGCAUCUAUUAGAUAAAGGACAAUGUGGCUUUUGAAGUAACAAGUUACGCUGCUUUUCUUUCACCACAUACAGUACUUGUGAUUUUUGACUCUAGAGACCCACAGCACAUUCACCUAUCUAUGCCUACCUCCUAACUCCUAACGUUUUCCCUGACUCCCUAUCUUGUUGUUAAGCCUUUAACAGAUACAUGUGGUCAGGUAGUGUGCACGGCUGGCACCCUGAGGCUCAGAGUGCAAGUGUCAUGCAGAUGCGCUGCGUAUGUAGCAGGGAGAGGCGUUUUAUAUCACACAUGUCUAGCAGCACAGGAAGUGAGAGUAGGCUAGGCUAGGAUAGGAUUAACUUUAAUGUCCCAAGGGGAAAAUUGUCUUAGACACAACAGUACUGCUGUAUACAAAAUAGAACUGUACAUUACACACUCAACAUAACACAUUGCCCUUAUCAUCAUAUACUUCUUAUAUAGCCACAUACAUAAUACUUUGCAUAUUCCCAUUAUUCUGUCAGUGGCAUACUAACACAGCUCAGCUUUACUUAUUGCUGUUUAGGUAUUUGAUGGACAUGGGAAUGAAGGAGUGCUUAUAUCUGCUCAGCUUACACAUGAGGACUCUAUAGCGUCUGCCUGAGGGGAAGAGCUGAUAUUCAGAGUAUACUACAUGGGAGGGAUCUGAAAUAAUUUUCUGCGCUUGUCUGAUAACGGUUUGUUCAAAAAUAGUCUGCAGGGAGGGAUGUUGUCUCACACCCAUGACCUUCAUGGCAGUUUGUAUCAGGCGGGCAAUUUGGGAUUUCAGUUGGACUGAUAAAUUGCCAGUAAUAUGAGUAACAGAGGGGAGCAGCCUCAGCCAGGCCCACUUCUCCUGGCACUGUCCUCUGUUCUGCUAUUCUCUCUCUAUGGCCAAGGAUAAGAAAAUGUCAUGUGAGGGCUGUGGAAUUCUGAAUCCAAACAGACAGAGGCAGAGACAGCGGGACAGACUUGGUUACAGAGGAGGGGACAGAGAAAGUGAGAGGAAGCUGGCAUGCUCUGUGUGCUGCAUAACUAAUGCAUUCCCCUUUGAUGUGGCCCCGGGAAAUCUGUGGUACUGUACAGUGUUUGUCUCUCUGACAGAGGUCUCAAAAGCAGCUCAUACAGGGCCUGUGGCUCUGAGGCUCUAUUUGACUAAUUUAGCCAGCUAAUUCUAAUGAAAGCUAGUGAAGACAAGGCCCCUCCAGAGUUUGAGUUUGAGUAACUAAAUUCUAUGGCCUGCUUUCCAACACUUCAUCCCUUUAUCCUCAGACAACGCUGCCAAGACUCACACCGUCCAACAUGUCAAAGAGACACACUCGGAGGACGGAGGCGCUGAAAUCGUCCUGGAAACCAUAGAGGGAACCACAGCUGAGUCGACAACUACCACAGAAACUGCUGUCACUACCACGACAACAAUGGCAGCAACAACAACAACAGCCAGUACCACAAUGCCAUCUACUACCACUACCACCACCACCAGUGCAGCAGGAGUAGAGAGGCUAGACAGACCAGCUCCCACCAUCAUGCUCUUCCUGGACAACUCAGACAACAACAGCCGGCCAAUCUUACACAGAGCAGGUAGCCUGACCUACACGAAAGCCUACUGUACACUACACUACACCCUAUAUCAACUGAAUGUGCUCAUUUACAGCAAUACUGACAGUCAGUGCUAUGACUCUGUCCAGUUCAGUAACGGAUAAGCAUGUAACGUUUAGCUGCCAGAAUAUGUGUGACUGUGAAAUUGGAUGAUUGGAGACUCAUGCAGGCCAUUCUUUAUCCAGUUUUUCUGGUAGUUUUUGUGUUGAUUGUUUUGUGCUGUACUUGGCAGGGAAGAUCCUGGACUGUGAGGGGACCUUGGCCUCUAUCGAGCUCCCAGAGAAGCAGCACAGCUACGGGCGGAAUGAGGGAGCCUGGAUGAAGGAUCCUCUGGCAAAGGACUCCAAGAUCUACGUCACUAACUAUUACUAUGGCAACAACCUGGUGGAGUUCCGAAACCUGGACAACUUCAAGCAAGGUGGGUAUGGCAUAGAGAGAUACAUAUAUUAUAGACCAGGGUUCCCCAACUGGCGGCCUGCGUAUUUAUUUGAAUUGUUGGACCAAGAAUAUAUAAUAUUUGACUAAAACAUAAUAUUUUCAAACCUUGCUUACAUUUGUAUAUGAUCACAUACAUCUCUCUAUUUUGCGUGGGAAUACUUUGGAACAGAUAUCCUAAAUUAAAAUCACUUGGAGCGAUUUGCUGGUGUUUGGAAAUCUGUUCCAAAGUAUUCCCAUGCAAAAAUCACAUUUACAUUACAUUUUAGUCAUUUAGCAGACGCUCUUAUCCAGAGCGACUUACAUGAGCAAAUAGGGUUAAGUGCCUUGCUCAAGGGCACAUCGACAGAUUUUUCACCUAGUCAGCGCGGGGAUUAAUUACUGGCACAACGCUCUUAACCACUAAGCUACCUGCCGCCCAAACAGUUCUGUAAAAAACCCAAUGAUAAAGCCUUGCGGACCUAUUUUUUUAUUUGUUUUGCACUGUUGACGGUAGGUGCGCUUGAUUCAGCAGCCCUAGCGCCGGGGAAGGCAAAGUGUUCUCAUUUUUAACCAUUUCAUGUGUCUGAAGGUAGAACUACGCCUACCCGGCAGGCCCAGAGAGCAAAUCAAGUGCACCUAUAGGCUACCGCUGGCCAAUCAGAUAGCUCAGAUCACCGUGUCUGCACAGUUUCCUCGCGCCAUAGACUGUAAAAAGAAACCUCGAAUGGACAGCAAAAUUGAUAAUGUGAGAUUUAAAAACGUUUAAAACCAUGACUAGAGAGAGACUCAACGAAUACAGCAAAGAGCUGCUGUUUUUAUGAGUAAGUUCAUGUUUAAGUUGUUAUUCAGCACUGUCAAAACCUUGUUGAACAUUUUAUAAGCCAUAAAAAGCGCGUUUCGAUAAGCUUGAGUUGUUAUUAUUUGCGGCGUGUGUCUUUUUUAAUAUUGAUGAAAAUGUAACUUUCUCUGGUCAUAGGAGUAACAACAUGAAUUGGUGCAUGAGGCAGAAGUAAUGCAGUGCGACUUAAAGGCGCUGCAUGGUCAAUCCGACAUCUGCAUUGGCCGUGCAGCAUUUAUGGUGAUACGGCCUCUACAGAAGUCAGGACAUUCAUACUUCCUGCGCUUUGGGAGGCGCACAGCGAUGCGGUACGGAGCUCAAUUUGGCCUCUGCAUGCCUCCGAAGGCUCCGCAAUUGCAUUACACCCUCCAUACGGAGGCAGCCUCACCGCUGCUCCCUCCCUCCCCUCAGACUGACCAUCAGAUGCAGGCCAUCAGUCCAGUAAAACAAUAAGCAAAUGAUUAUGCUCAGUCAGCUGUGCCUCACAAGUAAUACAACAAAUUAUAUAUUACCAGUGUGAUCAUAUACCUAACAUUUUGAAAUAUAAUUUCAAAAUGGUCUGAGAAGAACAACAUUGGCAGGGCAAUUCAAGCGUAGCCAAUAUGCAGUGAUAAUGUAUUGGGCCUAUAGCCUACUGCACAAACUUAAUUGCUACAGAACUGUUUUUUAUUGGUUAAUGUUGCAUAGGCUUAUGUUUUUUAAGUCAAGAAAAGGUUGGUGACCACUGAUCUACAGUGACCCAUGAAAUAUAGUGAGUAUACACUAUAGUAGCUUGAGACUCAAACAGGCAGGUUUUUCACACAUAAAGUUCCUAAAACAGCUGGGUGGAAAGAAUCCACCGCUUCUUGCACUAGUACUUGGAGAGAGAAAUAGGAUUACUCCUCUUAAAUGACUGUGUAAAAUUAUCUUUCUCACAGGACUAGCCUGGUUGAUUUAGAAGUGUUUGGACAAUGUUUCUUUAAACUCACUUACAUCUUGCAAAGUGUAUAGAGAUUUUGCUCUGAUAUCCGGUAGGGUGGUGAGUUCACAGCAGUGUGCGGAUGACUAGGUAUCUCUGUGAGUGGCUGUGAUCCCUGCCUAGGCUGACAUGUGCUCUGGCCUCCCCUUUGAACUGGCCAUAGCUGAGAGGGAUUAGAGGCAUGGGCUGGCCUCGGGGGGGAAAAGUGCUGUGCUACGGGGUUGUUUUUGUCCUUCGCUGCAGCUUCAUUCAUUAUCUAAAUCACACUUCCUGAGGUAGAAAUAUAAGAGCGCAGAUGUGAUCAGAUAUGAGUGUAACCCUAAUAACAAUACAUAUGUUUGGACAGCAGGGAGUGUGACAGUAAGAUAAAGGAACCAGUCUCUCAUGUGACACAAUUGUAUAAACUUUUAUGGAACUAUUAAAACGUUUGCGUGUGUAACACCUGUGAAACCCAGAAUGACUUGAUUUAUACUUAAUUUUACAUGAUGUUAGCAUAAUGUCUGGGGGGCAACAUGGUAUGCAGUUAGCGCUCACUAAACAUUUCUAUAUUUGGUCCUGUUAGGUCGUUGGAGCAACCUCUUCAAACUGCCUUACAACUGGAUCGGCACGGGUCAUGUGGUGUACAAUGGAGCGUUUUACUACAACAGAGCUUUCACCAAAAACAUCAUUAAGUACGACCUAAGGAUGCGUUACGUGGCCGCCUGGACCCUCCUGCAUGACGUGGUUUACGAGGACACCACCCCCUGGAAGUGGAGAGGCCACUCGGACAUUGACUUUGCCGUGGAUGAGAGUGGGCUGUGGGUGAUCUACCCUGCCACGGACUAUGACUACUCUCAGCAGGAGGUGAUUGUCAUCAGUAAGCUGGACCCUGGGGAUCUGUCCAUGAAGAAGGAGACCACCUGGAGGACGGGCCUGAAGAGGAAGACUUACGGGAACUGCUUCAUCAUCUGUGGGGUGCUGUACGCUGUGGACGUCUAUAACCAGAAGGAAGGGGAGGUGAACUAUGCCUACGACACCCACACCAACUCAGAGGCUAUCCCUCAUCUGCCCUUUACCAACGAAUAUGCCUACACCACCCAGAUCGACUACAAUCCCAAGGAGAAGGUCCUGUACGCCUGGGACAAUGGACACCAGGUCACAUAUAACAUACAUUUUGUUGACCAAUGAGCACAGGUGUUUUGCGCUCAGGUAAAGUAUAGGCCAUCAGGAUCAUGACAAGGUCACCAUCCCCUUAGAGAUAAGAGAGAUGCUCAGUAAUAGAUGCGGUAAAGAGGUCAAAGGAACGUAGACCAUGGGGGAUAAAAGAAGGACGCCGGAUUGGCGCACAUUCAACAA